CCUUCACGCGGAUUCGUCGGGAGAUUCAAACUUGAGACCUUUAAACGGAGUGUGGAUGUUUACCAGUGAGACGGACUCGUUUUUGAGGUGUUUUUGGCGUUGUGUUCACCUGAUUAUGAGUAGCGAGGAGGGCGAGUCACGGGACUAAGGAGCAGCAGCAGUGGUGUUGACAGCCAUGAUGCCACAGCGCAGUGCCAUGAUGGGGGUGAGGAGAGAUGGGGGACAUGGCAUAGCUUACUUUGAGAUCAGUCCUGGGCAAAAGCAGCGGCAGCAGGCAGCAGCAGCAGAGGCAGCAGCAGCAGCAGCAGAGGUGCCUGUGCUGCGGCUUAUCCACUUCACACAUCCACCCAAGCUGUGCUUUGAAGGUGUGAAGCUUGGAACUACCUGCCUCAGACACCUCCGAGUGCUCAACCCCAAGGACCAGACACAGCGAUGGAACUGGUGUUGGGUCCCAGGACAAAGUGUGGAGUUAGAGAUGUGGUGGACCCCAACACAGGAGGGUGGUGCCAGGGAGGUGGUGGCUGGAAAGACUGACAUAGGGGUGCGCUCCCAGACAGUGCUUAUUGGCUCCUGUGUUGAUCCUCGGCCCAAGAAGCAUCGCACCCAAAGCCUGUCAAGAUUAAUAUGCCACGCCCCAGCAGCAGAGGUGGCAGCUAUUCAGGGCAACACAGGCCGCAGCAAUACAGAGAAUAGACCCCCAAAAGCCAAGACAUUGCCUUCUGCUGCUGACAAGGUUGCCCCCAGAUCCAGGAAGCCAUUGGGUCAGGUGCUUCAAUCCACCUCCAGCCAGGAAUCCCUCAGUCCACCACAUUGGCAGACCUUUAGCACACCUCAAGGGAAGAUAUUGCCUCCUCAGCCCCUCUCCAUUUCUUCCAUUGCAUCAGAAGACAUGUCAACCUCCACCUCCAGUAGCAGAAGCAAAUGCAGUUCCCAAGCUAAGAAGGAAGCCCAACAGCCAUGUAGUAUAGAGAAACAGCUUAUAGAGGUGGUGGAGGAACAGCAUGUGGAGGUGGUGGAGGAGCAGCAUGUGGAAUACUGGGAAGUGACAGGUGCACCUCCUAAUCAAGAGGUGUCACCCACCCUGCUGCGCCGCCAAACCUUCACACAAAGCACAGCCUGUAGAGAAACUUUCAAGGGGGUGAGGGGUGGCUGCCUGCCGCCUUGUGAAGUGGAGGCAUCACCAGCACGCCGCCAGACCUUUGUCACUGCCCCCUCAAAGGAGACUUUCCAGGAAGUGAAGGAAGAUGCUCUGCCCACCUGCCCCUCCCCUGACACUCCUUUGCGCCGCCAAACCUACCUGGCCCAUCCUCCAGAGACCUUCAACCCUGUAGUUGGGGGACGCCUCCCUGCCUGUGAGGUGCAGGAGUCACCCCUCCGCCGUCAGACUUUUAUCAAGAAUCAUUCACCCCCAUGUGUAUCCCAGUCUCAACACACCCCUCACCUCGUCCUGCCUCUGUUGUCGUGCAGCCGUUCUACCCCCUCAGAGUGCAGUGCUUCCCACACGCUUAGCCAGCUGUUGAAGGGUUGUGUCUCUAGAAAACACCCCAGCCACCCCAGCACCCCAGCCCCGCCACAACCCAGAAGCCAUGAUUGCUUACUAUCGCAAUCUGUUAGAGCGCCUCAACAACACUCCCUCCACACCCCUCUCAGAGGUGUCCAGUGCCUGCAUUCAUUGACAGUCUGGAGGCUACCCUAUCUCCACACUCACCCUGCCUCUCCAUCUCCCCGCCGGCUGAGCUCUGGUACCAUCACUAAGGAAACAUCGACCCUCCACCCAGCUGAUCUCAUCACAGUGGACUCCCAGCCUUCCCACAUCACACCCACCAGAGAGUCCACUCACCCACACCUCACCUCGCCAGACUCACCCUACCAAAGUGAGGCCCUCAGUGAACUGCUGCUGUACAAGGGUUCAACCUCUCCUUCCUGCAGCACCAUUGGGGGUGAAAUAUUCUCCCCUAACAGAGGGGGAUCUCACUUUGGAAAGCUUUGCCUUCUCUCCCAGUCAUCACCCACCACUGUCAUGCCUCUUGAGGAAUCACACUAUUACAACAAGGAGACCCAUUCCUCAGUCUCAGUAGAGAAGCCCUCAUUCUCCUACUUUCAUAAUUACUUCAGACAACUCCCAUUCCCCCAUUCCCAAGGAGAAACAUUCCCCACUGAGAUACCUGUCUGGCCAAGGAUGAAGCAACAAAGUCAGGGCUCAUGUUUCAUCAAGAUUUCUCCAGGAGGCUGCAAGCGUCCACCAGAGAGCCAGACCAAAGACCCAUGGCCCAAAAGAAGCCGCAUUGUCCCUGCCCCAGCUGCUGCUUCUGCCCCUGUGGCACCUCAGAAACGUGCCAGUGUGAGGAGACCUGUUGUGCUCAUCUCACGGAAACACAGCCCCAAGAGAUCCACUGCCACUGUUGGUACUGGAUCUGUCGCUGUGGGAAGAAAACCAAGGGUCACCCAGCGUGCAGGAACUACAGAAAGAAAGAAGAGCAAUGCUGUACCAUCACUGAAAGAAGCAUCCUCCCAACCAAGCCUCCACAUCCCUCCUGCUGCUCCUACAUCCUCUGCAGCCUCAUCCCCAUCCUCUCAACACACUGACUCCAAUAUAUCUUCAUCUUCUGAAGCUACACACUCCACCUCAACACUCAGUAUUACCACAUCUAAAACAAUGUCCAAAUCCUUAUCCACUUCUUCCAUCAACACCUCUUCCUCCUCCUCUGUAAGCAACACAUCAACUAAGCCCAAAGCAGGGAGGAAGAGCUGUGCCCCUGUCCCUCGCCUCGUCCCCCGCCAUAUCCCACCCCGCCGCCUGACUCUCAUCAAGGCCGCCAAAACCAACAUUGUGCACCACCCCAAUCCUUUUGCUGCCAAGAACAUGUACUAUGAUGACCGCUGGGUGGAGAAGCAAAUUGCUGGCUUCACCAAGUGGCUCAACUUCAUUCUAACUCACCCUGAGGAUGAGGACGUGGCUUCCAGUGUAAAGAAAGUGGACCUGGGCAAGCUGUGGUCAGAGGCAGUGAAGGGUAAGGGCAUCCGUGCAGCACCCACCAAGGAGGCCUUGUCCCUGCGUGCCUACUCUGCCCGCUGCCGUCUGAACACUCUGCGUAGGAAGGCAUGUCGCUUCUACCAGCGUCCCGAGUUUGUGACUGUGGUGGCCAAGCUGGAGACUGCCAUUGACCGGGGAUAUGUCUCCAUACGCAAAGACCGGUUGACACAUGCUGACCUUGGCUUGAAGCAGCAGAUGCUGCAGCUGCUGCUGUGCUACAACCCACUGUGGCUACGUGUGGCUAUGGAAACAGUGUAUGGAGAGCUGCUGCACCUCACAAGCAACAGUGACAUAACUGGCAUCACCCAUUACCUCAUCAACAGACUCCUGAAUAACCCAGACAUUGCCGCUGCUCAUGCCCACCCCACUGUGCCCCACUGCUACCGGCCUGGCUAUGAGGCUGCCAUCAAGACUUUCCAGCUCAAGAAGUUUCUGUUGCUGAUCCUCUUCCUUGAACGCGCUAAAGAGGCACGGCUCAUUGACCAUGACCCGUGCCUCUUCAGGAAGGAUGCCCAAUACAGACUAGCCGGGGACAUUCUGGUGGCGUUUGCGAUGCACUUCCUCCAGGGGAUUGGGGACAUCACCAAACAUCUGGCACAUCUCGGCUACACAGUCUCCCACCGCCAGGCCUUCCUUGAUGAGUUUGACUUUGCUGUCACCAAUCUGCCCACUGACCUGCGUUGUGGUGUGCGACUGGCCCGUGUGGUUGAGGUGCUGACACAAGACUACACCCUGAGCCGGCAGCUGCGUGUGCCUGCUGUGAGUCGCCUUCAGAAGGUGCACCAACACAGAGGUGGUCCUUGCUGCCCUGGGGAAGGGCUGGCUGCCUGGUGGCCAACAACAUCCCCCAAGGACAUUGUGGAUGGCCACCGUGAGGUCACUCUGGCACUCCUUUGGGGCAUUAUUUUCAAGUUCCAGAUGAGUGUGAUGGUGAAUGAAAAGCGCUUGCGUGAAGAGAUCAAGCACCUGCGCCGCUCCCUGGAGGUGCGGGCACAGCUGGAUGAAGCAGCACAGCGUGGGCAAGAGGCAGCUGGGGGGCAGCUGCUGAGUUGGGCCGUCUGGGUGAGGGCGGCACAAGAGGAGAGUGUGCUGGCCCACCUGAGGCUGUGGGCCACCUUCACCUGUGCUCAUUAUGGCCUAGAGAUCUACUUACAUGAUUUCUUUCUGCCAUGUCUCAGGGUGGACAACUUGACUGUCUCCUUCUGUGAUGGACGAGCUCUGUGCUUGCUACUGCAUCAUUACUACCCCGAUCUGCUGCCCCCAUCCCUGCACAGGAGGUGGAUCCUGAUGUGUCAGCAGAUGACAGUUUUCUAUGAGAUGACAUACAGUGACACCAGCAACAGGCAGGUCUAUGCUGAGCGCCUGGUCAACGACAAGGCUAACUUCACCCUGUUCAUGGAUAAGGUGUCACAGCUGGACAGAGUGCCGCUGCUGAUGCGUUCAGCAGACACCGUCAAUACCAUUCCAGAUGAGCGGGUCACUGCUACCUUCCUGGCCCACCUGUGUGCCCGUCUGCUGGACCUCAGCGUGGAGAUCAAGGCUGCCAGGGUGUUGCAGGUGGCUUGGCGGAGGCGAAUGGCUCAGCGCCGCCUGGAGGAGCUGAGGGCACAGAAUGCAGCGGCUGUGGUGGUACAGAGGUGGUGGAGGCAGCUGCUGCAUGAGCGACGACUGGCAGUAUACAACCAGGCUGCUGUGGUGCUGCAGACCCACUGGCGGCGGCGCUGUGCCUCCCGCCUGCUGGACCAGUUGAGGAGGCAGCGUGUGGAGGAGCAGCAGCACCAAGCAGCAGUAACUCUGCAGAGGAUGUGGCGUUCACGCAUGCAGCGCCACACCUUCCUCCAAAUCCGUCAUGCCGUGCUCACGCUCCAGGCCUACAUCCGAGGUUGGAAGUGUCGGCGAAGACUGGCAAUAAUGGUGGAAGCUGCUGUGAUCGUGCAGAGGCGGUGGCGUGCCAGGCAGAUGGGCCGGGCAGUGAUGGCACAGUACCGUGAGUCACAGCAAGCAGUAAUUUUAGUCCAGCGCUGCAUCAAGACAUGGCUAACACGGCGACGCUUCCUGCAGCAACGUAAAGCUGUUGUGGUCCUCCAGGCAGCCUUCAGAGCACACCAGCAGCAAAAGGAAUACUUGAGGUUGAAAAAGGCUGCUCUUCUGCUUCAGAGAUGCUGGAGGGAGAAGUUGCAGCAGCAGCAGAUCUUGGCCAUGAAGGUGGAAGCUGCCAUCACCAUCCAGAGGUAUUACCGUGGUUGGGUAGAGAGGGAGCACUACCUGACUGUCCUGCACAGUGUUAGGGUCAUCCAGGCCCAUGUGAGGGCUUGGAAGGAGGGUCACAAGGCUAGGGAGCAUUUCUUGGCCACACGACAUGCAGCUGUCACCGUGCAACGAUUGUACAGAGCCAGGCAACAGCGCUUGUACCACCAGGAACGGAACAGGGCAGCAACUGUACUCCAGGCACAGGUGCGGGCGUGGCUGGGGCGCCGUGCCUUCCUCCGCCAAAGAGUGGCAGCUGUUACUCUGCAGCACCACUACAGGGGCCAUAGACUCACUGUGCAGGCCAUGAGACACUUCCAGGUCAUCAGGAGAGCCACCACUCAUCUACAGGCUGGAGUGAGGGGACACCUAUCCAGAAAACAACUGAAAAGACAGCACACUGCAGCCACUGUCAUCCAGGCUCACUGGCGAGGGUGGACAGCUAGGCAAACCUUCUUAACUGAAAAGAAUGCAGCUAUGAUUAUCCAGCAGCAUCUCAGGGCCACCCUCAGAGGCAAGGAAGAGCGGAAAGCAUUCCUGGAAGCUCGUAGGAAGGUGGUGGUGCUGCAGGCAGCCACCCGUGGGUACCUGGUGCGGCGGCGGGUGACAAGAAUGCAUGAAUCUGCUGUGGUGAUCCAGAGUGCCUGGUGGCUCUACUGCCAGAAGAAGGCAUAUGAACAGAGACAGCUAUGGGCUGUAGUCACAAUACAAAGGGCUUUUAGGGGCAUGUGCCACACCAAAGAAGUGAUGCAACAGUACCAGACCACCAGGAGAGCUGUAGUGAGAGUCCAGGCUUGGACCAGAGGCUAUCUUGUACGCAGAGAGAUGAAGAGACAGAAUAGAGCAGCUUUCACCAUACAGCAGGCCUUUAGGGGGAUGUGUAAAACAAAGGAGAUGGUGCAGGAGUACCAGACCACCAGGAGAGCUGUCAUUACCUUGCAAGCUUUUACUCGAGGCCAUCUUACUCGCAGAGAAAUUAAGAAGCAGCACAAAGCAGCUGUCACCAUCCAGCAAGCUUUCAGGGGAAUGUGUAAGACCAGAAAAAUUAUGCAACAAUAUCAUGUCACUAUGAGUGCUGUCAUUACCCUGCAAGCAUAUACUCGAGGCUUCCUUACUCGCAUGGAAAUAAAGAGUCAGCACAAAGCAGCCACCACUAUCCAGCAAGCUUAUAGGGGAAUGUGCAAGACCAGGGAAGUUAUGCAACAAUAUCAUGCCACUAAGAAGGCUGUAAUCACCCUCCAGGCUUACACACGGGGGUAUCAGAUACGCAGGAGCAUUAAAAACAAACAUAAGGCUGCGCUCACUAUCCAGCAAGCCUUCAGGGGGAUGUGCAAGACCAGGGAGAUGAUGAGAGAAUACCAGGCCACCAGAAGGGCUAUCAUUACCCUGCAAUCACAUACUCGAGGAUAUCUGACUCGCAGGAAUGUACAGAAACAAAGGAAUGCAGCCAUCAUCAUACAGAGAGCCUUUAGGGGGAUGUGCAAAAGUAGAGAUGCUGUGCAGGAAUACCAAUCUAUCAAGAGGGCUGUCAUUGUCUUGCAAGCAUAUACACGGGGUUAUCUAAUUCGCAGGAGUGUGAAGGAACAAAGGAAUGCAGCCAGCACCAUACAGAGAGCCUUUAGGGGCAUGUGCAAGACCAGAGAAGUAAUGCAGCAAUACCAUGCUACCAGAAAUGCUGUCAUUCUCCUUCAGGCACAUACACGAGGUUAUCUGAUGCGCAGGAAUGUAAAGGAACAAAGAGAUGCAGCUAUCACCAUACAGAGAGCCUUUAGGGGCAUGUGCAUGACCAGAGAGGCAAUGCAGCAAUACCAGUCCACCAGGGAAGCUGUCAUUACCUUGCAGGCUUAUACUCGAGGCUUCCUUAUUCGUAGGGAGAUCAAGAGGCAGAACACAGCAGCUCUCACCAUCCAGCAGGCUUUCAUGGGGAUGUGUGAGACAAGGAAGGCUGUGAGGAAAUAUCAGAUCACUAGAAAGGCCAUCAUAACUCUACAAGCACAUACCCGGGGUCAUCUAACUCGCUGCUAUGUACAGAAACAAAGAGAUGCAGCUCUCACCAUACAGCAAGCCUAUAGGGGGAUGUGCAAGACCAGAAAAGCAGUGCAAGAAUACCAGGCCACCAGAAAGGCUGUCAUUACCAUGCAAGCCAGCACUCGAGGCUUUCUCACUCGCAAGGAAAUCAAGAGGCAGAAUAAAGCAGCUCUCACCAUCCAACAAACCUUCAGGGGGAUGCAUAAGACUAGGGAGGCUGUGAGGCAAUACAAGAUUACCAGGAGAGCCAUAAUGACACUACAGACACACGUCCGAGGAUACUUGACUCGCAGGAAUGUACAGAAGCAAAGAAAUGCUGCCAUUACCAUACAGAGAGCUUUUAGAGGAAUGUGCAAAACUAGAGAGGCUGUACAGCAAUACCAAAACACCAGGAGGGCUGUGGUGACACUGCAAGCACAAACAAGGUGCUGGCUGGGAAGGCAACAGUUCUUGAGGCAGAAGCAUAGUGCCAUUACUCUGCAAAGGCACAUAAGAUCCUACCAAGCAGGCAGGAGAGCCAGGAGUCAGUACCAACUUGACCACAAGCGAAUCAUUCAAGCCCAAGCUGUUGUGCGAGGGUUCUUGGCCAGGCGAGAGUUGGAGAGACAGCAGCGGGCAGCUACUGUAAUACAAACAUGUUUGCGUACCUACAUAGCCCACAAGCGCUUCCUGUGUUUGCGUUUGGCGGCUAUGCGUUUGCAACGGCUCUACAGGACUCGCAAGCUGACUCGCAUCACCCGAGAGAUCUUCCUUAUCAAGCGCUCAGCUGCCAUCACCCUCCAGGCUGCCACUCGGGGCUUCCUGGUCAGGCAGGACAUCAGGCACAAACAUUUGGCUGCUGUGAAGAUUCAGGCUGCUGUGCGCUGCUGGAUGGCACAGAGAAAGUACACCAUACUGUGCUACAGUACCAGGGUUCUACAAAUCCAUUGGAGGGCCACAUUGAUCAUGUGGCACCAGCGUGAACAGUACCACACCCUCCGAGGGGCUGUCAUUCGCAUGCAGGCCAUCUGGAGAGGCAACAUUGUAAGGAGAAGGAUCCAGACAUGGCAUAGAGCAGCCACACUCAUUCAGGCACACGUCCGUGGCCUCUUGCACCGUCAGCAACUGAACAAGGCUAGGGCCAGUGCUGUGGUGGUGCAACAGUGGUGGAGGGGCAUCCUGUUUGCCAGAGAGUGCCGUCUUAAAUUCUUGUUCCAGAGAGAUUCAGCAGUCAUCUUGCAGGCCAGUGUGAGGGGAUUCCUGGUGCGCCUGAGACUCAAAAAGUCACACCAGGCAGCAGCUGUGAUCCAGGCCUUCUGUCGUGGCACAGCUCAACGAAGGAAAUUCUUGCAGCAGAGGGAGGGAGCCAUCACACUACAGCGGCACUGGAGGGAGAGGGCACAGCACAGGAGGGAAAUGGCAGCUGCCUUGGAGAUACAAAAGUGGUGGAGGGCUCAGACAGAGGCCAGGAGGCAACGAGAGUUAUACCUACUACAGAGAAAUCGUGUGGUAAGCCUCCAAGCCUGUGCCAGGGGAAUGCUUGUCAGGAGGCAGUUGGCCAGACAACACUUAGCAGCAAUACUGAUUCAAGCACACAUCCGGAGGCACCUCACUCAGAAGCACUACCAUCAGCUAAGGGAAGGAGCUAUUACAAUUCAACGUUAUUGGAGAGCCAGUAGAGCCUGCAAGAAGCAGCAUGAAGACUUCCAGACUGUCAAGAAAGCCACCAUCACCCUGCAGGCCCAUGUGAGGUGCUGGCUGGUACAACAGAGGCUCAAAAAGACUACCAGGGCCACAGUAACCAUACAGAGGUGGUGGAAAGCAACUGUUCUGGCUAGGCAAGAGCAAGCCAGUUAUUCAUUGUUAAAGUCAGCCACUAUUACUCUGCAGGCCUAUACCAGAUGCUGGCUGGUACGUCAGAAAUACAUCAGAACCCUAAGAGCUACACUAAAUGUACAGAGAUGGUGGAGAGGAGUCAUUGCCACAAGACAGACAAGAGAGAGGUAUGUUACUGUAAGGACAGCCACCAUCACCUUGCAGACCCAUAUUAGGUGCUGGCUGGUUCAGAGGAGAUACAGAAAAUUGUACACAGCUGCCACAGCCAUACAAAGGUGGUGGAGGGUAGUGAAGGCUUCCCGGGAGGCAAGGAGGGAGUACCAGAGAAAGAUCAAUGCAGUAUUGGUGAUUCAGAGGCGGUGGCGUGGUGCCUGUCUGGCCCUGCACGCCCAGGAGCACUACAUUUACCUGCGACGUGCCACCAUCAUCCUGCAGGCUGCCUGGAGAGGCCGACAGGCGAGGCGGCAUGUCCAAUGCAUCAAGGCAGCAUGCACCAUCCAGGCAUAUGUGCGUGGGUGGCAGGUGCGGCGCCAGGUCCAGCAGCAGCAGCGGCAACUCCAGCUAGACAAGGUGGCAAGGGUGGCCAAGGCACACCUGGCAGCCACCAGGAUACAGCGAUGGUACCGGUGCUGCAAGGUGCUGGCAAGAGCAAGGGAAGAGCUUUGGGCUGUGAGGAGGCUGCAGGGAUGGGUGAGGACAUGGAGGCUGCGAGUGACAUUCCUAAAGCAGCGACAGGCAGCCCUUGUCCUGCAGCGGGCAUGGAGGCAGCGGCAGCAGGCACAGAAUGAGGCUCGUCGUCUUCAUGCGGCAGUGGUGCUCCAGGCAGCGUGGCGUGGACGAGUGGUGCGGCAGCAGACCAAGACCAAGAAGCUGCGUGAGCUACGGCAGCGGCUGGAGAAGGCCACGCAGGAGGCUACAGAGGAGAAACAGAUUGGCCACCGUACCAGCAAGGCUAUUGCCUACCUCCUCCAGGGUCGAGACCUGCGACGCAUCCUGGCCGCUGUUAUUAGUCUGGACACCAGCACUCGUUGGUCCUCUCUGUGCUGUGAGCAACUAGCAUCCAACGCAGCACCAAGAGUUCUGAUGCAGCUGCUACUUAACUGCAACCGGUCCAUCCCCAACUUGCAGAUCAUUAGCUAUAUCCUCAGCAUCCUGAUCAACCUGGCUAAGUAUCCACCCACUGCAUCCUGUGUCCACCAGCUCGGGGGCCUGAUGAAGAGUGUGCUGUGGCUGCUGUCCAUAUCUCCAGACAAGCACCAAACCAUCUUCACCAAAGGCUGUACCCUACUCUAUGUGCUGGCCACUGCCCCCGUGCCCCUCCAGGCUGUGAGGAGUCCCAAGGUGGUGGAAGAGCUGAAGGGUUUGCACAGGCUCAUGGUGCGCCGCCAGACAGUUGCUGCCAAGAACAAGAGACUCCCCAAGCAGCCCAGGGUCCUCUCAGCUACUCAGUGCCCAGCCAUCGUACCUGACUGGGCUCUGCUGCCUGGCCAACCCAGGGAAUUUGGGGAGCCUCUCUUGGCCAUCACUACACUCCUGGCCACCCUGGAACAUGAAUGGGAGGAACAGGAGAUGGCCAGGACAUGAGCAACUGGUGGCAAAGGAGUUUAUAAGAUGAUGUGAGAAUUGAUAAAAUAUACCAAGUUAAAUAGAUAGGUCUGAGGGAGAUAGUAAUCAGCCAGACUUGAGUAAAGAAGAUUGUAGAUCAGCCAGGAUGAGAGUUAAAUGGAUCAUUAGUAGUGUAUGUAUGUAUACUUCCCAUUUACUUUCCACUCCUCUCUCCCAUGUUCAUAAUUUAACUAUGUAUGUACUUCCCUCCUCUGUGACUCUUCCUCCCAUAACCUUCACUUUAUUGUAUGGGUAAUGACUCUCCAUAUUUUCUCCCAUUAACUUUUUUUCGUUUAAAUUAUUUCUCUUCUUUUUUUCUUUUAUUUUUGGAGGUGAGAAAUAUAUUAGUGUUUUUUAUAUUCUUAUGUUGCUUGUUUUAAAAGGUAAAUGUGCUUUUAAUUGUUUCUGCUUCACGUUAUGUUAUUUUAAGCUUAUUUUUAGUGUUAUUACUACAAUAGCUUUAUAACAUUCCAUAAAAAUUACAUUUAUGUAUAUUAUUCAUUUUAAACUGUCAUUAUUAAAGAUUCUCUCUCUCUCUCUCUCUCUCUCUCACUCUCAUAAACACAUUUAUGACCUCUAUUUAUUUUUAUUUAUUUUAUUUUAUUUUUGAGCACCACAAAGACUUAUAAUUAUUUUUAAGUAUUAAUGUUUAAGCCGUUUUUUCCUUGAUUUUUAAGU